CGGGUUGGCCGGGCGCGGGCCGGAUAACGCCCGCGGGGCGCCUUUGUGCCGCAGAGGCGGCGGCGGCGCGGGGCGAGUGAGGGAAGCGGUGGCGGCGCCCGCGGCCGCACUAUGACUCUAGAGGAGCUGCCCGGGGAGCACAGCGCUGCCGGGAGGAUGGAGCGGGCGGGGGACGCGCUGGAGGAGGUGCUGAGCAAGGCGCUGAGCCAGCGGAGCCUCACCCUCGGCGUCUACGAGGCCGCCAAGCUGCUCAACAUGGACCCGGACAACGUGGUUCUGUGCCUGCUGGCGGCCGACGAGGAGGAGGCGGGGGACGCGGCGCUGCAGAUCCACUUCACCUUGAUCCAGGCUUUCUGCUGCGAGAACGACAUCAACAUCCUGCGUGUCAGCAACCCGGCCCGGCUGGCGCAGCUGCUGCUGCCCGCCACCGGCCCCGAGCCGCCCGCAGACCUCCACUGCGUCCUCGUCACGAACCCCCAUGCCUCACAGUGGAAGGAUCCAGCGCUGAGUCAGCUGAUGUGCUUCUGCCGGGAGAGUCGCUACAUGGAUCAGUGGGUGCCAGUGAUUAACCUCCCGGAGCGGUGACCGUGCCGAGCUGACAGCGAACUGAACCCAAUUGCACUGAAGUUUUGCAAUACUUUAGCAGUUGCUCAGGAAGUAACUCCCUGCCCUGGCACGAGGAUUACGGGGAGGGGGGAGGAAAAAAAAACAAACCCACAACAAAACCAAAAAAAAUAAAGCUGAUGUCAAGGGGGGAGGCUGAAGUUGAACUAAGUUGUGUGGGGCUGAAGAAAAGUGACUUGGAAGAGACUGGGAUGAGCAUGGAAGCGAAAGGAAGAGCGAUGCCUGUGUUGCCGGAGGAAAGAGUCCUGCCUGACGUGCAGGGCUGCCACACAGCUGAGUUAUUCAUGGAAAACGCCCAACACCCUUCACGGUUUUGUUAAAGUGCAACUUACAAACAGUUUCUGGUUUAAAUACCUUAAAGAGCAAAAAAGGUUAAUCGAAACAUUUUACAAUUUUAUUGUAUUUUUGGGAUGUUAAUUCUCAAGUUUUUAUGCUAAGCUAUAUAAUAAGUUAUUUUAUGAUAUUGAUGAAAAAAUUAUUUAUACUCAGAGGUUUGAGAACCGGAGUGCCCUUAAGCAGUUGGUCUGCAACAACACAUCUUUAAACAGUUGGCUGCUAAAGGCAGCUACGUUAAUAUAAUUGUUUGAAAUUGGAUAGUGUUUUGGUUUAGG